GUACGAUAAAUUAUCGGCAGCAAAUCUCCCACUUCCUCGUGGUGGUUGAGAAUUGAGGAGAGAGACUGAAAACAAAAACAUGGACUUCGAGACAAUAAAGAACUACUUAGAAAAACUGGAAAAAUCAGGUGAAGAAGAUGAAUCCUCGAAAAUCCAUAAACUUCCAUUGAGAUUCUUCGACCCUUUUAUCAUCCAUGGUCUUCGCGUUGAUCUCAUUGAACCCGGUCGCGUUCUCUGCUCCAUCAAUGUUCCUCCUCGUCUCCUGAAUACUGCCAACACUCUGCACGGCGGUGCGAUUGCGUCAUUGGUGGAUUUGGUGGGUUCGGCUGUUAUUUAUACUGUUGGAGCUCCGUCUACUGGUGUUUCUGUUGAGAUCAAUGUUUCCUACCUUGAUGCUGCGCUUGCUGAUGAGGAGAUUGAAAUCGAGGGCAAAGCUCUACGUGUUGGAAAGUCCCUUGCUGUUGUCAGUGUAGAAUUAAGGAAGAAAGCAAGCGGGAAGAUCGUCGCUCAGGGACGUCACACCAAGUACCUUCCUGUAUCCAGCAAACUGUAGCUUUUCAUUUGGGAUUUAUCCUUAUUGGACUAGUUAUUUCAAAGUACAUCAUCUAUUGCAACAAAUACUUGUAUGUACAGUACAUAAAUAUCAUUCAGUAUAAUGUUGCCUAUAAGGCUAUAAGUACUCUUCUGUGACAUUUAUCCUUCUAUUGUGCAAGAUUAAUGAUGCACUUAUAUAUGUAUAUGGAGAUUUUUGUUCAUUUUUAA